UAGAAGAACCCAGCGAGCAUUCAUCAGUGGCUGCUUUCUGCAACUGAAGAAUCGAAAACUGAACGAAUAUCGUACGCUGGUUAUCUCAGCGCAAGAACUUAGAGUGGGAAGUAAAAAAGGAUGUUGACAGCUGAUUCGGAUUCUGCUUUAAGGUUAGUAGAGAUAGAAGGGAGAGGAAGGGCUCUCGUUGCGUCGCAACCUUUGAAGGCGGGGCAAAUCGUUCUCAGGGAUUCUCCUAUCGUUGUUUACUCUGCGUUUCCGUUAGUUAAACCUCAAUCUUCAGCCUCUUAUUGUGACAAUUGCUUUAGGACACUCUCCUUGUCGUCAUCGAAUGUAAUGCCGUGUCCGUCAUGUUCCCAUCAUCAUCUCUUUUGCAGUAAUUGCCUAACUGCAGCAACAGCCUCCUCUCAUACACCUUGGGUUUGCCAAGCUCUUGGUCGUCUUCGGGACUGCUCUUCACUUGUUUCUCAACCUCUCGAACGUCAAGUACAAGCACGGUUUCUUAUAGCUGCGUAUAACCUAGCCAUUGUUUCCCCCUCGGAUUUCCAGGUUUUGCUUUCUCUUCAAGGCCAGGAUUCCCCUUCUGAUGCUUCUGCCGUCCAAUUCCUGCAUUCUCUCAUUUCAUCCAUCUGUCCUCCGCCUUCUUUAUCGAUUACUAUUGAACUCACGGCCGCUCUAUUGGCAAAAGAUAAACUGAAUGCUUUUGGCUUGAUGGAACCUAUCUCUCUACAACAAGAUGGUCUGAGAUCCGUCCGUGCUUACGGAAUCUAUCCCAAGGCUUCUUUCUUCAACCAUGAUUGUCUUCCUAAUGCCUGCAGAUUCGAUUACCUCGACUCGGCUCCGGAGAGGAAUACCGACUUCAUUGUUAGGAUGAUUCAUGAUGUUCCCCAAGGUAGGGAGAUUUGCUUGAGUUAUUUCCCUGUCAAUCUUAACUACUCGGCCAGACAGAAGAGAUUGGCCGAGGACUAUGGUUUUAUCUGCGACUGUGACCGAUGCAAGGUUGAGGCUAAUUGGUCAGAUAACGAAGCGGAAGACAUUAGCGAUAACGGGAACGUCGAGGAGGAAGAGGGUGAGGAGAUCAUGGAUGAGGGCAAUGAAGAAAUGAUGAGCUCCGACUUGGAACAAGGAGCUGAAGGAGGAGAAGCUGAUUUUCCUCACGCUUAUUUCUUUGUGAGAUACAUGUGUAACCGUGAGAACUGUGGGGGCACGCUUGCGCCAUUGCCGCCGUCCGAUGAUAUUCCGUCUAAAGUUUUGGAAUGUAAUGUUUGUGGCAACCUAAAGAAUGAAGACGAUGAGUGAUAACCUUAGGACAGGGUAUUGUUGUAAACUUCCACCAUAGAUGCAAUAAUCUGUUGUCUUUAUUAUAUGAUUGUUUUCACCAGAGCUUCACACUCUGUCUCCUAA